AUGCCUUUGGAUAGAUAUAACCGCCACUUUACUCAUUCCGUUUCGCCUUAUUACCGUCGCCAAUCUUCUGUUCCUUCUGGUGCUGCUUCUCCCGCUUAUACUUUAUCUUCUGCUUCCGUUGCUAAUACUUCUUUUGUUCCUCUUGGUGCUGCUUGUCCCGCUUAUACUUUAUCUUCUGCUUCCGCUUCUAACACUGCUUCUUUUGUUCCUUCUAUUAAUACUAAUUAUUACUGUUCUUAUUAUUACGACCCUUCUUAUUCUUAUGCUAUACCUGAUUUUGUUAACUCUCCUUAUUUUACUCCUUCUACUUAUGUUUAUCCCGCUUCUUCUAUUGCUUUGCCUAAUUCUUCUUCUAUUACUUCUAUUUUGCCUACUUAUGUUUCUCAUGCUUCUUCUAUUACUUUGCCUACAUCUUCUUCUAUUACUACUACUUCGCCUACUUAUGUUUCUUCUGCUUCUUCGACUGCUUCAUUAACUGCUGCUUCUUCCACUACUACUUCUUCUUCUUCUUUAGCUCCUUCUUAUUCUUUAGUUUCUACUAAUACUUCUUCUGCUGUUCCUGUUGCCACUAGCUUUGCUAAUACUGCUAAUUCUUCUUCUUCAACUACUACUACCACUACUAACUCUACUAUUCCUUCUAUAUUUUUUGCUACUAAUAAUUUAAAUGCUUCUUCUUCCACACAAGCUAGCCCCAUGAGUUCCAGAGAAAGUAGUGUGGCUCUUGGUGACAGAGUGUCACACUAUGACUCCACAUCUGCCAUAUCAAGACAUGAUGCAUUGAAAUCUGUCUUAACCUCUCCUGAUAUUGAGCUCUAUCCUCCUCAGGUUGUCAAUAGAGCACAAUUAUCUGUAAUCAGACACC